UCCAUCAUAUUUGUUUAAAAGAAAUUAACGUUUCACAGAAAACAGCAAACUCGCCCUUAGGUGGUCCAAUGUUGGCUGAGCUCGCGAAAUGUAAAUUGAAUAUCUCGCUAGAGAGAAAUGUGAUCAGUUUUCCAGUCUAUGCUUGUGUGUAGUGUUUGUAUAAUAGGUUACAUUGUGUCCUAAAAUGACGUUUCCGACUUGUAAAUAUUAUUUAUUUGACGCCAAAUAAUUUUUGUUCAACAUCGGGACUCGUUGACAAGUAUUAUCAUUGUCUGUAAACUAGUGUAUUAUUUAUCAAUCGGUGUGAGGUUAUGAUAAGGAAAUUGACUUGAGUCACAUCCUGUGCCCAAUGUUUACCAUUAGAUCACUUUUUGGAUCCCUUAAAGAUCGUGAAGAUUUAUUAUUAUAUCAGAUAUGACAUUAAAUGGUGUUAGUAAUCAGAAAUUAAAAUGAUUGGUACAGCCUGUAGUUUAGAAGAUGCGUGUCGGCAGGCUCAGGAUAUGAUUAACCAAGUAUCUAAAUGUUGGAAAAGUGUUCAAGGACAAAACUCUUUGAACUUAACAUCUGACAAGUCAUCUACUCAUAAAAAGGAACAGAGUCAUUCUAAACAUAGCAUACAGUCUAAAUUAACUAGAUUAUAUUUUGAAGAACUUACCAAAGUUCCUCAUGCUACUCCUGAUUCAGUCUUGAACAACCUUGAAAAUGAAUGUGAUCUUUUGGGAAGAUUGGUGCAAAGAGAGGGUUUACACACAUUAAUUGUUAAUCUCUACGCUGGUAAUAAAGGAUACUCAUUAGCUGUAAGAAAUAGCGAUAAGGGAAAUCAAUAUGAUAAAAAUACAAUAUUAGCUGAAACACAACUGAUGGGUUACGAACAGGGUGAAUUGCUUUCAUGCAUAGAUAAUGGUCAGUUACCUGCAAUGUUAGCAGAACAACUGGAAUCCAGUCAUUCUCAUUUAUUUUAUGAUGGCUGUAUCAUAGCUGAAGUUCGAGAUUACAGAAAAGCAUUUCCUCAUACUAAAGCUGAAGUUCAUCAUGUGCUUCUUAAGCCUACAACACAGAGUGUACUUUCUGAUGUAUCAACUUUAACUAGCGAUGGAGAUUGGAGUCAUGAAGAACGAUUAAUGUUAGAAUCACACUUAGUUGCAGCUACCCAGGGACCUCUAUGCCUGGAUCCAAAUCCUAUUCCUAGUUUAGCUACAACAAGACUACGACAGUCUAAAUCCCUUCUUACAGAUCAUCAACUUAUGCGACAAGCCAAAAAGUUUUCUCAGGUCACAGUAAAUCGAAAAAGAAAAUUGGAGCAAUUAGCACAACCAGAAGGAUUAACAAUACAAGACUUAAUGCAAAAAUUAAGAGCAAAGAGAGGAGUAGUUACAACCACUGCCUGUCCACCGCCUUCUCUUACGAACCCACCCUUACUUCCUCCAAAUUCACCCAUUGAUGUUCUAAGAUUUGCAAAAGCAUAUGAACGUCCGCGAGAAACAAAAGACUGUUUGCCACAAGUAAUAGAGGAGUAUAUAUUAGAAACUGGAGGAAGUCAAGGUGAAAUAGAUCACAUAAAGCUCUCAAUUCUGCAAAGACCUUCUAAUUCUGAGUACCUGGGAGAGCUUUAUAUGGACAAGAAUCAUCGUGAAGGAGAGAAAAACGGAUCUGCAUGUCGGUUUACGUUAGGUACAAGAGUGCUUGCAAAUCACUACAUCCAGCAGUUCACAGAAAUUUUCACAGAAGAAGGUAGGAAAAAUGUUCGAAUAAAGCAUGUUGUACCCGGGCAGGUCCCUCGUGUUACAUGCACACCUGGUAUGCAACGAGCGCAUCAACAGGCGCAACAAGCAAAAGCAGCGCAGUUAGUGGCUCAACAGUUACAGCAAGCUCAAUCUCAACACGUGGCGCAGCAGAUUUUAUCACGAGCUCAAGGUCAGUUGAACACAUUGGCUGGCCAAGUAGCUUCAAUGAAAGCUAUGUCGGAAGCUACCACAUCUGCACAAAAUAAUCUGGCAUGCGUGGAUGCAGCAAAUAUGCCGCAAGUUAUUGCCCAAAAUGAGGCUACAUCGAUGAGCCCAGGGCAAUCUUUGACCAAUGGUGGAUCGAAUGCUUCCACUUCUGUACAAAUUGAUAAUUCUACAAUGUCGGUAACCGAUGGUAGCUCCUUAACCGCUCUUGUAACAUCUCUCAUGAAUUCUGCUCAACAAUUUCAGCAACAAGCUGCAGCUAAUGCAGCAGCUGCUGCUAUGAACAAUAGUGCACAGACUACAAAUAAGUCAAACAACGCUGCGAUUCUUAGUUUAUUAAAUAGUAGUCCUGCCAAUUUAACGCAGCAAAAAGUUCAACCGCGAAGGAUCUCCUUGAAUGCUUCCAUCCCAUCUAGAGUUCUUAGUCAUGGAAAUGUUAUUAAUGUUCCAAACACCUCUGGCCAGGUAAGGGUGAGUUUAAGUUCAGCUUUAACAGGACAGUUGGGCUGUAAGCAGCAACCGGUAAAAGCAACAGCUGUAAGAUUAGCUCGGGUACAGGAUCCCACUUCAACCCUGGGAUUAUCCAUGCCAGGGUUGUCAGCUUUAUUAGCAGGGUCGCCGUCUGCGGAUAAUCCAAUACCAGCAAUUAACUCCGGUUCCUCCUUACUCGAACGAUUAACAGCUUCUUCCAGUCAGAAUAAUCAGUCCACGAAUCCAAUGACCACACCGCAAUCGACUAACGUAAACUUGCAAGGCGUAAAUCUUACUAGUCUGCCAAACUCGAUCAACGGUCUUCAAAAUGUUCAGGUAUCAUUUCCCGGAUUAUCACAGCCUAUUACGAUGUCACUAAAUGUGUCAGCGACGACGGGUUCUGUUACACCUACAGGAGUCAUUGUUUCCCUGCCUAUAUCGUCUGCAACCAAUACUUGCACCACGGUUUCUAGUAUGGUAGCCACGACAGUUGUUACCACGGCCAUUGCUGGAAGUACACCAACGGUAGUAAUAGCUAAUCCUGCCAAUACUCAUUUGUCACUACCUAUCGCCCAGAUAAUACCUUCUGGAGUUAAAGGGCUGUCGCAACAGAAUAUACGUAGCAGUAAUUCAGUCACUCUUUCACAGGGUGGACAGGCUAUUCAACUUGUUGGAUCUCAAAGGCCAAGACUUAAUCAUAUGACCCGUCAAGUACAACCAAAUCAAGUUAAGUCCACUGUUUUGCCAAAUCAGUUAGUAACCGUGGCUAAAACAGUGACGGCAAGUCAGUUAAUAUUAUCUGGUAACAAACAGGUGUUAACUCCUAUAAUGGCAGCAACGAAACCAGUGCUUAUGGCGUCUCAGACGACACCUUCUUCCCAAGUAGUACCUGCAAAUAAACAAACUUUACUGACAAAAUCCUUGCAUGCUAGAGCUUCUACAGGGCAGUGCAGUCAGCAAACCCAGAGCCUUGGAGUGGCGACACUAACACAGCAACAAUUACAGAGAACUCUCGUUAAACCUGUACAGCUCGUUAAACCCGUACAGCAGUUGCAAUGUUUAGCUGCGCAACACAAAGUCGCUGUUGCAACGGGAACUGCGCAAAAUAGAACUCAAAUUGAGCCUCAAAGAAAUUCUACAUCUGCCCCAGGGGAUGACUCAGCCUGAACAUGUUCAAAUAAUUAAUAAUGUCUCACAUUACAUUGAAAUAAUUGGAGCCUGCCAAGAAGGAAUGUAAUGAGGUGUUUCUGUAUAUUAGGUUAACGCGGAGAUUUGACAUUUUAAUUAUGCAUGCAAUUAUAAUUGUAAAUUAUAAAAUUUUUAUUCAUGACCGAUCGAUGUUUAUCAGCGACGACAUAUUUUAUAAAAUCAAGCGUAGAUACAUACUUUGUGCGCAUGUGCAAUAAAUUAUUUCUACAAAAAAAAGAAGAAGAAGAAGGGAAGAACAUUAUGCCUCGAAAUAUUACUUUGAGGACGGUUUCAAUUAUUGUAUAUAUAUAACUUAUACAUACGAUUUGUUUUAUAUUAAAAAAUGUAAUAAAUAUUCC